CUUGUUAAAAAGAUGCCUUCAAAUUAAGGUGCAGAGACGGAAGAAAAACUAACCAUAAAAAUUAUUCUCCGUUUGGCUUUUGCAACUCUCUGAACCGAAGCUCCCAUCGAUUCCGAUGCAUGCGGCCAUGGCGGUUACUUCUCCCUCCGCCCCCUUUGCUUACAGCUGCAAGCUCCACAAAACCCUAGACUCCUCCUGUUCUUCUUCCUCCUCCGCCUCUGCCCCUGCCCUCUCACGCUCUCCUCUUUCACCUAAGGUCUCGAGCUUAUUCGGCGCUCGGAUUUCGGUUUUCGGUACAAUCAAUUGGGUGUUUCCGUCCUCGUCAUAUCAGCUGCGGCGUAGCUCAAGCUCAACUUGUCGGCCAGGAAUAAAGGCUGUUGCCACUCCUGAUUCGGCUGUGGAAUUGCCUCUGACAGCAGAAAAUGUUGAGAGCGUGUUGGAUGAGAUCCGACCCUAUCUUAUUUCAGAUGGGGGCAAUGUUGCAUUGCAUGAAAUUGAUGGAAAUGUAGUCAAACUAAAAUUACAAGGGGCAUGUGGAUCGUGUCCUAGUUCCGUUGUGACAAUGAAAAUGGGCAUUGAGCGCCGUUUAAUGGAAAAGAUCCCUGAAGUUAUUGCAGUGGAAUCAAUACCUGAUGAAGAAACAGGCCUAGAGCUGAAUGAAGAGAACAUAGAGAAGGUGCUUGAAGAAAUAAGACCUUACCUCAUUGGAGCAGCUGGUGGGGAUUUGGAACUAGUAGAAAUUGAGGAGCCAAUAGUCAAAGUGCGAAUAUCAGGUCCUGCAGCUGGUGUAAUGACUGUUCGGGUUGCUGUGACCCAGAAACUUCGAGAAAAGAUUCCAUCCAUUGCAGCGGUUCAGCUUCUCUCGUAGAUACAUCUCAAAUGGCAAUCAUGUCUCUGAUGAGGUAUCUAGGUACAGGAUACCAUGCAAUGAGUGAUAUUUAAAUAUGCAAAACGAUUUAAAAACUGCAUGAGGUAUCUACAUAUGUCAAGACUGUUGUUUACAUUGUGCCAUUAAGAAAUUUGUGCUGGUUUGUGUUAUGCAGAAGGCUGCAGCAAUCUCUUCCCUUUCUCUUCAAUGCGAAAACUGCUAUAAAAUAAUUAUAUGCUUCUCAGCAUCGAUUAUGGAGGUUGCUAGUGUAUACUGUAUAUUGAAACGACCCAACAGUGUAUUCCCAAAGUGAGGAAAUGUUUUACAAUGGUUAAUUUCUUAUCUCUCAUUUA